AUGGAGAGUUCUUCUAAGCUCCCCCUUCAUCUCUGCCAUGUCCACAAGCUUUCAAUCUUCAUCAACCGGACACAUAUAUUCUUCCACUCUAUAGCUUUAGUCUUCUUGCUUUACUACAGAGCUUCUUUCUUCUUCUUCCAAGACACUACCAAAACCAAAGCAACCACCUUAGCAUGGCUUCUUGUGUUUGUCUCGGAAAUCUUCCUAUCCUUCGAGUGGCUCCUCAGCCAGUCUUUUCGAUGGCGUCCCGUUUCGCGAACCGCGUUCCCGGAGAGGCUGCCUGGUGAUGAUAAGCUCCCAGCUGUUGAUGUGUUCAUAUGCACUGCGGAUCCGGAGAAGGAACCCACUGUGGGGGUGAUGAACACUGUGUUAUCUGCCAUGGCAAUGGACUAUCCGCCAGAGAAACUUCAUGUGUAUCUGUCCGAUGAUGGUGGUGCUGCUGUGACUUUGAAGGGUAUGAGAGAGGCUUGGAGGUUUGCAAAGUGGUGGCUUCCAUUUUGUAGGAGGUAUGGGAUCAAGUGCAGGGCUCCGGAGGCUUAUUUCUCUGCAGAAGAGGAGGACGCUGAUUUUGGCGGCAGCGAGUUCAUUCAAGAGAGAGAAGAUAUUAAGCUACCAGAGUUGACGGGGGAGAUUGGGUGCAGGAGAAAUAUGAGGUUUGCCAAGUUUCCAAGUUCUUCUCAGGUUAUACAAGAAACAUCCAGUGAUGAUGCAAUUCAAGAAAAUGAAACCAAAAAUAUGCCUCUCCUUGUUUAUGUUUCUCGUGAGAAACGAAAUUCUCAUCCCCACCAUUUUAAAGCUGGAGCGCUUAAUGUUCUUCUACGGGUCUCUGGUGUGAUAAGCAAUUCUCCUUACAUAUUAGGGCUAGAUUGUGACAUGCAUUGCCAUGAUCCAAGCUCGGCUCGGCAAGCAAUGUGUUUCCAUCUUGACCCAGAGAUAUCACCCUCCCUAGCACUUGUUCAAUUCCCUCAAAAAUUUCACAACAUCAGUAAUAAUGAUAUCUAUGACAGUCAGCUGAGGUCCACAUUUUGGGUUUUGAUGGGGUUGGAGGGCCAUGUGUGUCUGGUACUGGCUAUUACAUCAAGAGGUUGUCCUUAUGUUCAAACUCCAUACAUGAAGCUAAUUACUAGUUUCACUAUUGAAUUUCAAGAUGGGGAUCCCAUGAAACCUGGACAAUCUUUUGGUCCAUCCAAUGAGUUCAUCAAAUCCCUCCACCAAAACAAAAAGCCUGAUAUGCUCAUCCACAGAAAGAAAGCAUUGCUAAAUGAAGCCCAACUUCUAGCCUCUUGUGCCUUCGAAAAUGGCACCGAAUGGGGGGAAAGAGGCAAGCCACAGUUCUUGGGCAGUGGCACCACCAAUUUGGAUGACUUUUUAGUCCAAGGGACUAGAUGGACCUCUGGGUUGGUUGAUGUUGCUAUCUCCAAGUUUUGUCCUCUUAUAUAUGGCCCUUUGAAAAACAUACACUUUCGUUCAAAGCAUGUGUUAUGCCGAACUUGCUCUUUCCCCAUUUUCUAUUUCUUGCCAUUGUGGUGCUUUGCUACCAUACCUCAGCUCUGCCUACUCAAUGGUAUUCCUUUGUACCCAGAGUUUAAAAGCCUCAAUAGUUAUGGAUGUUUGGUUGUUAUUGGCGCUAAUUGGGCACAUAUAUGGGUUCCUAUACUAACUAAAUGA